AUGGAGGAACAUCUUGAAUCGUAUAGCCAUAUCUCGCCCGAUUCUGGCCUCCCAAUAACAUUACAUCCUAAUUUCAACCCAAGAAUCAACAACUGGAAUCCCCCCAAACCGCUCUACAGUGAAUUCCGUCCACCAAAAGACCGAGCCCUCUUCGCAGACCCCUCAAAACCAAACCUUUUCGCUGUAGCCACCCCCACCGACCUUACAGAAAGUAUCGGCACAGUCCUUAGUAAUGUCCAACUCUCAGACCUAACUCUAACCCAACUCGAUGAGCUCGCCCUCCUUGUCGCCGAACGCGGCGUCGUAUUUUUCCGCAACCAAACCCUAAAAACCAAGCAACAAGAGUCCCUUUUCUCCCACUAUGGCAUUAUCGACCGCCAUCCUACCCAAAGAGAGAAAGCCCAUCUCCUCGUAAAAGGCAGCGGACACGGUACCGACACCCGUGAAUUACUCAAUUACACCCCCUGGCCUUACGCCGGGUGGCAUGCUGACGCGAGCUUCGAAAUAAACCCCCCGUCGUACUGUAUGCUACGCAUGGAAUCACACCCACCUGUUGGGGGUGAUACGGCGUGGGUCUCCCAAUAUGGACUGUAUGAUGCGUUGAGUGCGAGCUACAAAGAGCUCUUUGAGGGGUUGCAUGCUGUACAUACUUCAAGGUUGCAGUACGAUACGCUGCUUGAUCUUUGGGGGGUUGGGCCGAAUAGACCGCCUCUAGAUAUGCAUCAUCCUGCUGUGAGGACUCAUCCUGUGACGCGAUUGAAGGCGUUGAAUGUAAAUGAGGGGUUUGUUACUGGGUUUGCGGAGUUGAAGAAGCUCGAGUCUGAGUAUACUUACGUGUUUUCCAACGUAGAUAAAUUAUUAGACUUUGCGCUACAACUGAUCCACUCUGCUGAUGAUCACCUGGUACGGUGGAAAUGGGAAGCUGGGUCUGUUGCUUUUUGGGAUAAUCGGUGCACACUUCAUCGCGUGGUUCCAGGCAAAUACAAGGAAGAAACUCGAAGAGGUAUACGGACAAGGGUUCUCGGGGAGAAGCCUUACCUUGACCCUAGCGGCGAGGGCCGUGAGGAGCGUACCACAAGACUGGCUGAAGAUACUUCGAACAAGGAGUCCAACGAAUUCGGCUCGUAA